UCACUUUGACUUUGACAUUAGUUUUCUGCUGGCAGCCAGCCGCUAUGGUCGUCCGAACGCACCCACUUGAGCGAUUUGUAUUUAACUUCAUGUUUAAACUCUGGAAAUGUUUUGGUUUUGAAGGUUUUGAAUUAUUUUAGGAGUAUUUAUUAUUUUUAAUAAAAUAGUUAUGAGUUCAGCCAGCAAGGUUGGUGAAAUAUUCACCGCCGCAGGACAAGCUUUUAAUAGAUUAGGAGAUCUAACAAUGCAAUUGCAUCCUAAUGCAGAAUCUCCUACAGGAAAAUGGACUGAUGAAGAAAUUGAGAUGCUACGCCAAGUUGUCAAACAAUUUUCAGAUGGAUUAAACCAAAUUAGUGAUCACAUAAAAAGGCGGACAGUAUCCCAAAUUAGGACGGCAUUAAAGAAGAAAGCCUUUGAGGAUGCAGGAUUACCAGUGAGGCAGGUUAAUCAGGCAGUACCGCCAGUCCAGCUUCAACAGCAACCUAUGAUAAAAUCUGAAGUCACUUUAAAUAUGUUAAAUGCUGCAGAAUCUGAAGUUGAUGUUGAAGGUCUCCAUGAAGAUGUAAAACUAGAGUUUGAUGGGGGAAAUGAUGAAGUUUCAUCUAUUUGUUAGUGAUAAAAUCAAGUAAUUGCAAUGCUGUUAGUAAUUGUAGAAUGAUGGUAUGUCUUUACUAAUAUGAAAAUUUACCUCUUGGUUAUAAUUUGUUAGUGUUUGCUUAAUUCAACUAUAAUUAAACACAUAAAUACAUCUCAGAAACCCUUUCUGUUAAAUCUUCCGUAGUCAAGAGAGGAAUUUUCAUCUGCAAGACUUAAUUGUUUAGUAAAUUAAUUAAAAGUGAUACAUUGUCAGAUUAUUAAGUAAAUAAAAUAUUUUUCCACACCA